AUGUUUACAGAGGCAUAUUCCAUGUCCACCGAGGCUCAGUUCGUGCCUUCAGAGGCACAGCACGUGUCCACAGAGGCACAUAUCAUGCCCACAGACGCACAUCACAUGCACUCACAGAAGAGGGACAACUGCGCCCACACAGAGGCCGAGCAAAUGCCCACAGGACUGAGAUGUUCCAGGAUAUCGAUGAUGUUGGACCAUGACAGCGAUAGUGACAGUGAUGACGAGGAGGAAGGAAACGACAAAGAACUUGACCAGGCGAUAUGUGCCGUGUCUGGGGAGAUAAUUCUCAGGGAAGAAGCACGGGCGUUGUCAGAGCUGACCAUCAAAACAUUUCUGGCUGAGAAGCGAAUAACGUCAGAGGCCAGGAGGAUGUCCAAGAUGGCGAUACAGUCUGCCUACUCAGCGGCCGUGGUUACUCCACUAAGGUCCUCAAAGAAGGUGAGAAGGAGCUUAAUCUUUACACAGGAAUAA